AUGAUUCUACUGUCAGUUUCUGUUAUUCUUAGUUCUGUUGUAGAUGUUAUUCAUGCGGAUCUGUUGAAAGGCUUGUAUUGUGGAACCCAAAGUUGUUAUGAAGUUCUCAAUAUUGAACGUUCGAAAUUCACCAAGAGCGCUCUGGGAAGGGCAUACCGCAAGUUGGCAGCUCAGUAUCAUCCUGAUAAAGUAGUUGGGUCCAAGAAGAAGGAAGCAGAGAAAAAAUUUCAUCUAAUUGCGACGGCUUAUGAGACGUUAAAGGAUGAUGACACACGAGUUGAUUAUGAUCAUUAUUUGGAUCAUCCAGAACAACGAGCUUAUAAUUAUUAUCAGUAUUAUCGCAGAAGAGUCGCUCCAAAAGUUGACGCACGAAUUUUCCUGAGUGCGACGCAGAAAUACAGUGAAGCACUUGAUUACGCGGUUAAGCAAGAAAGAUAUCGGAAUGCAGCGAAAGAAAUUGCUAAAGAACGAGGAAUUUCACUGGAAGGUAGAUUUCGUGACAAAAAAUCUAAGAAGGAAUAUACUGAACAAGUUUUACGAAAAAUCAUAGAAGAAAAUGUAGAUAUCAGAGGUGGAUAUAAGAAACCAUCAAUAUACAAUACGUUAUUGUGGACACUUGUAACUCUUCCAUACACGAUAUACAGGUACAUUAUCUGGAAAUAUUCUCUGCUUAUGAACUAUUACAUAAAGAAUCAAGAGUAUGAUGAUGAUGUUAAGACUUAUCUGAUACGGACGAACUUAGGUCUUUCGGAAGAGCAAUUUGCGGGGUUGGACGAUGACGAAAAAGCGUCGUUUGUAGAAAAUGAACUCUGGGAUAUGAACAAAUUUUUUGCAUGGAAAGUAGCAAAGGAAGAAGAACAAAAAAGAAAACAAAGAGAACGCUUGGCCGUCAGUGGACGCUAUAAGAGGUAUAGAAGACUCAUGAAAAGUGAAACGGGUAGUACUGUCAGCUUUGUUGAGUAG